AGGCCUCCUCCCACCAGCCUUACAUCCACCAUCGUCAUCACAAAAACUCACUGCCCCAGACUCGAGCUGAGGCGAAGUCCUAAAAACCUGACUUGAAAAACCUCAGACAACACCCAUCCAUCUGUUAAUCUCUCUGAAACUCUGUACUUCAUCUGUACACAUAAACCUUAACAAUGUCUCUGACACAAGUAUCUUUCCUCCCUUUCUUUCUCUCCCUUAUCUUCCUCCUCUCCACCAUCACCACAACCACAUCCACUUUACAAAACCUCCUUCAAAACCACGGCUUACCAGGUGGUCUCUUUCCAAACAAUGUCAAGUCCUACAGUCUUGACCAAGAUGGUCGCUUAGAGGUGCAGCUAGAUGGUCUAUGCAUGACUAAGUAUGAGACAAGAGUGGUCUUUGACAGUGUGGUUAGAGCCAAUCUCAGUUAUGGCGGGCUUAUGGGGUUGGAAGGACUUAUACAAGAAGAGCUUUUUCUUUGGCUUCCAGUCAAAGGUUUUGAAGUAAAUGAUCCAUCUUCUGGGCUGAUCUCUGUUGAUAUUGGUCUUGCUCAUAAGCAGCUCUCUCGUUCUCUCUUUGAAGUUCCUCCUGUUUGCAAGCCUCAAGGGGCUGCAGAUCUAUUGAAGAAUUUUGGAAGGAAAAUUGGAGUUCAGUUUCAGAGAUGAAAAAAGGAAGAACCAAAUUAAACUCCUUCAAAUUGAGACAGAACUUUCUCUUUCUCUUUCUCUUUUUGUUUUUUGUUUUUUUCUUUUCUUUCUUGUUUGGAUGCUACAUAGAGCCUGUCAAAAAGGAAACUGGGGGAUAAAUGGAGGAAUCAAAUGGCAAACUUUUGGAAUUCUUAGAUUCUUAACUGAUAAAAAUAUUUAAUUACUUAAAAAAGAUAUUCAAUGAUUGUGCUGGUCUGUUAUGUUCUUAAUGUUUUGCUGAAUUUGAAAGGAACGGUUGUUCGCAUCUGAAGACAGGGAAGCUGAUGGGAUAUUUGAAAUUUGGUGUGCUAUAUUAGUCCUAACUAGCUCUGUGAAUUUAUAGCUAUAAAUUAGGCUAGGAAACACUAAAUUCCCCAGAAAUUAUGUCAGGGAAUGAUUAACAUAGCUAGCUGCAUUUACUUCUUUGUAA